CUACACCCCCCCGAAUACAUUAAUAAUUCGCCGGGUUUUGUUAUAAGGCCUUCAUUUUUGCAGAAGCUGUCGCAGUGUAAAGAUACUUACAACUAUAGAGAGAAGAAGCCCUUCAUCGAGGAAAUUUGUGCCGUUGGUUAAGAAUGGAUAAUUCAACCAAUUCAACAAGGACAGAACUCCAUGACAAUAUGGAUCAAUUUUUCCUAAUAGUGAAUGGAUUCAUAGUUGUCUUUAUGCAAGCCGGCUUUGCAUUCCUCGAGGCUGGAUCAGUUCGAUCUAAAAACACGACAAAUAUUUUGAUAAAAAACACCCUUGAUUUAUUUAUUGGCGGCAUUAUUUAUUGGUUAUUUGGUUUUGCUUUUGCAUUUGGUGGCAAUAACGACAAAUACAAAGGAGAGGGAGAUAGGUUUAUUGGCCAUACAGAUUUUGCACUUGCUGACCUGGACAGUGACCAGUAUGCAUUCUGGUUCUUCCAGUUUGUAUUUGCAGCUACUGCUGCCACAAUUGUGAGUGGUGCCAUCGCUGAAAGAGCUGAAUUCAUGGCUUAUCUGAUAUACUCGGGAUUAAUUACAGGAUUUGUGUAUCCUGUGGUUACACAUUGGGCAUGGUCUAAAGACGGAUGGCUUGCAGCAGAAAACAGUGACACUCCAUACAUGGAUUUUGCAGGCAGUGGUGUUGUUCACAUGGUUGGUGGUAUGCUUGCUUUAACUGGGGCCAUUUGUGUUGGUCCUCGUAUUGGACGAUUUGAUAAGUCAAAUGACCAGUCUAUACGUGGUCACACAGUUCCGAUGGUCUCGUUAGGUGGAUUCAUUCUUUUCUUUGGAUUCCUUGCUUUCAACGGAGGAUCACAAUUAUCUAUUUCAAAUGCGGGCGAUGCAAGUGUUGUUGCACUUGCCAUUGUUAACACGAUUCUGUCAGGUGCUGGUGGAGCUGUCACAGCCAUGUUGAUGAAAAGAAUUGCGACUGGAUUGUUUGAUGGACACUGGAGCUUACUAACGACCAUUAAUGGCGGACUUGCAGGCAUGGUCUCUAUCUGCGCUGGAUGCAACACAGUCGAACCUUUCGCUGCGUUUAUAACUGGUCUCUUUGCUGGUAUGGUCUUCAUGUUAUGGAGUUUUGUCCUGGAGAAACUGAAAGUUGACGAUCCACUUGAUGCCGUUGCAGUGCACUACGGAGCUGGCUUAUGGGGAGUAAUGGCAGUGACGCUUUUUAAAAGAGAUGAUGGUGUUUUUUAUAAAUGGAGCGAUCAAUCAUUUGAUCAAUUUGGCUGGAAUUUGCUUGGUGCCGCUGUCAUUACAGUUUGGUCAGCAUUUUGGGGAUUUGUAAUUUUUGGAUUGUUGAGAAUUUUUGGAUUGUUACGUGUGCCUCGUGAUAUUGAGCUGAAAGGCCUUGACGUGCCAAAACACGGCGAACCAGCAUACCCAAUUGAAAGCUAUGGCGAUGGGUGGUCUCAAACGCCAGCUGUAAAUGGUAAUACCCACAAUGCUAUUGGUCUCGCCAAUCGUGGUAUUCAGCAAGACAUCCCUCCUGGUGCACCGCGAAGUUAAUAUGACACGUUGUUUCUAGACUUGCCCUAACUUUGUUCUUUAACUCUCAGCAUUUUUAUCAUAUAUCUUUUCACACACAUACACUGAAUUGUGUUAAAUAGUUUGCGCGCUUGCAUUGUAUUGGCUGAGGUAAAUGUAAGGUUUUCGAAAUAUUUGUAGAGGAUUUUUUCUUGAUGUAAAUGUUACGAUAGCUGCACCUUGUUAUUUCAAUGUAUCCUCAGGCAGACCACUUUCUUGUUUUAGUUAAGACCAUACUUGUCUCUUUGCGUUUUGAGUAGUUCAUGAUCUCAUCUACACUUACUUGUCUUGGACGUAUGUUUUUCCUCAAAUUUAAACCUUUCUGGAUGUUUAGACAGUUACUAAAAUUGUUAUACUGAGUUAGUUUUUCUUUCAUAAAAUGUCGAAACUAAACAUCAAGAAUAUUAACUGCAAUUGAUAGAUCAUCGCAUAGGUAUAUUUGUUUUCUUUACAAAAUAUGAAAUUUGACAGUGACAGAGCUUGAAUGAUUGUAAAUGGCAGGCAUGUAUUUUUUUGCUCCUGACUUAAUAUAAUACUAUAACUACAAUUUAAUGAUCUUAUUGUGACAAUAAAUAUUAGCUUAGCACAA